UUAGUUAGUCAUCCACAAUGCUAUUCUACCUGUUAACAUUAAUGGCGAAAACCGGAUUGUCCAGAAUCACAGAGGUUCGAUUUUGUGGUUGCUUAAGCGAUAAUGGUUUUAUACAACUUUCUUAGACACCAUGAACCAGCUUAACAUCCAAAAAUAGACCAACCAGACUUCCAGAAUCACAAUCAAUACAAGAUUUCCGGAGUCCCUGUUAGUAUAUAGAUUAAACAAAACAAUCAAGUUCACACGGGAAACCACGCCGGAGUACCACUUGUUGCUAUUUACCUACCACGAUAACGAAUGGGACCAUGUUCAAUGUUCAUUUAGCAGCACUUGACUUGGUAUUGUAUUUGUUUAUCGUCUUACGGCAUAUUUGCCCAUUCUCCUUUAUCGCUUCAAAUGUCGUGUGAUUUGUCCUCGCACUUGACACCCGAAAAUCCGACUUGCGACGUCGUUGCUUUCCCUGCCCGAUGCUUCGCAGUAGUAGCAUAAAAAUAAUGUUGAAUCAAUACUACUAUCACUGCUGCUAAAACAAGAACCCAGACGACUGACUCACUCGAGCGGUGGCUCCCGAAAACGACAACAACCGACGGUGACCGGUUGACGAGUUUUUGUUUAUUUUGCGUUACAGUAGAACACGUCUCCUUCAAGACGGCCCAGUGCAUUGGUGCAUUCUCAGCACACCGAUCGGUGUCACCUCGAUGAUCGUAAAACAGCUCGAAACCCCAUGCCGAUUGUCGAUUAGUUUAAUCCCUCUUCGAUUGAAUGCAACCAUUAGUUCGCUUUUGUCGUCGGCCCGGGUAAUUAGCACUGAUUGCUGCCUCUUGAACACCGCUUCCGAAGACUGGCGGAGAGCAGCUGAAAAUUAGAGAAACCGGAAGAAAGCAAUUUUGGAGUUUCGAAAGGCGUUGGGAAUCAUGACAAGCUUUUGCUCUUAGAGCACGAUCGUGACCGUGUAGGAAUUGCUUAAAGUUGCUUUUCUUAGGGCUUUUAGAAGCAUCUAGAUUGUGUGGUUGUGCAACUGCUUGUAGUUAUAUAAUUGAGCGGAAAAUUCGAGAAGAAUCGUGAAAACCGGGAAAUAGGCUCUACAAUGGGUGUUUUCCUGUCGGUUCUAGUGGCCAGCGUUGGGGUCAUGGAUUUGAUCACCUGCCUGGGGUAUGUGUCGAACCAGUUGACGGAACCACCAGCCGCUGCGGAUCAAGACCUUGAGCGGUAUCGACAGCUGCUGAAGGACCAAAUAGAGACGACACCGAAGAGUCCGGUACAAGGGUUGACUAUAGCAAAGGAUGGUGUGCCGUAUAAGGAUGGUUACAGAGUGGAAAAGUUUGAUGAAUCAAAAUUGGAUCAGCUGAAUGUGAGGAUUCAGGAUCUGGAGCGGGUGAGUCAGGAAAAAGAUCAGACUCUUGAUCGAUUGAACGUGAAGCUGCAGGAACUGGAACGGAAGUCAGUGGAACGGGAGCAUGUGAUCGAUGAACUACGCUCGAAGUCGGUUAGUCGAUCGGCAAGUCCGGAACCAACGACUUCCCGAAUGUCAUCCAGCUCAGCUCGAGAUGUGCCGCAGAUAGUGCUAGAUGACGACGAUCCCCGGCGUGGAUCAAGCAAAUUCCGUCCAAUCCACCGGGAUGAUGAAUUCAGACGAACGAUCAAGAAACGAUCCAUAUCAUCGAAUGUGUCCGAAGACCGGACCGAUGAGUUGGAGAUUCUGUCGCAGAUGGAGGCAGAUGAAGCAAACACAAUGGAAGACUAUAUACCGCUGGUUUACAAUAGAGAGGAAUAUCUGGAACCCAAAAUGAAGAAGCACAUGAUCAGUCCAAUACAGGAACUGUGUCAGAUGCAUGAGGAUGAUAGCAGGGCACGAAUGAUGUUGGAACGAUCACCCGAGCCUUCGUUGGGAGCAGAUGUAACCAGGCCUUGGGGAGAUAUCAAGCUCGAAGAGACUAAGGAGAAGACGUUGAUUCACCCACCUAAGGAUCUCGCAAUACAAGAAGAAUCACGCGACAGUGACAGUAGUAUUCUCGAGGAUACCGAAUUCCUAGUGAAAAGCAUAGAGGAAAUGCCUCUAUGGCAACAAAGCCCACGGAACACUUAUCCUGAAUUACCUCAAAUCAAGACGGAGCAUUUCCUAACGAGUAGCGAAUCCUUCCCAUCGAAUCUUAGUUCCCAUUCCAACAGUCCCGACCUGGAGCAUCCAACGCUGAAAAGAACAAGGAAGAAAAGUGACCUGACAGCACUGCUACUGGAAGAAGAACGUAAAUCCGAGGCUUUCAGUGGUGUGGUCCUUCAAACCGAAGAAUCAGAUUCGGAAGGAGGCAAUCAGAUUGAAUUCAUGCAGUCCAAAUCUCCGUCUCCUUUCGUGGGACCAUUCCUAGAGAAUGACCACCUGCAAACCACUGGUCAACUGAUCCCUCUAGUCCAAGAACCUUCCAAAUCCCCUACUCCGGACCAAGACCAGCAUUCAUCCUCUCAGGAGCAGCGCCAGUCCUCGAUUGGAUCUCAAAUAUCAGCUCUCUCGCGCGACGCUACCAUCUCUCCUGCACCGAUCGCUUCAUCUAAAUCAUCCGGCAAUCAGAUUGAGUUCAAGCAAUCCAAAUCUCCGUCCCCUUUCGUUGGACCAUUCCUGGAGAAUGAGCACCUGCAAACCACCGGACAACUGAUCCCUCUAGUACACGAACCUUCCAAAUCCCCUACUCCGGACCAAGACCAGCAUUCAUCCUCUCAGGAGCAGCGCCAGUCCUCGACUGGAUCUCAACCAUCGGCUCUCUCGCGCGACGCUACCAUCUCUCCUGCACCGAUCGCUUCAUCCGGAUCACCGGCCUCUCCCGUCUCUUCAAUCGUAGACGAAUACGUCAAGGACGGACCUUGCCAUACCCAUGGAAGUGACCGAUCCUCUCCCGUCCAAUCCGAACGAAAUGUAAGUAGGGAUGGUAGUGUUUCUCUUGCUUCUACCGAUGCCUCCACCGCUAGUCUAGACUUGCAUGUUGACCAAGCACCCCCAGCACCACCAAUCUCACCACCACUACAGCACCAUGCUGCGGCGUCGGUCGAUCUUAACGCUGGUGGUGUCGACCGGAAGAGUUCAGCCAGUCCCUCACCGGAUGCAGAAAAACCAGCCCCACCAAGACGAUUCCGUAUCAGAAAACGAGCCGUUCGUAGUGUCACACCAAUCAACUUCGAUCAAACAUUCAUGGAUAGCUUCAGCGAAUGCCGGGUGAGCGUAUCUCCUUCGGAACUGGAAGAUUACAUCAACAGUAUGGAUGUAAUCAAGAUCGAACCACCUAAGCCCGUCGCUCCAAAUUAUUUUAUUCCGACCACUCCCAUGACAUCUGGCGUUCCUAGUUUACUAGUUACGGACGAAAAAGGAGCUGAAGCUCGUUUCCACGAUUCAAUAUCGUCAAAGUCUUUCUAUGGAAACAACCACCAAGAUCCCGGACGGGUUGUUAACCAUCGAGUUAGUUACGUGGAGUGGAUAAAGAAGUUUCCGGAGAACAUGACCAGUCAUUUGGAACUGGAAGACUACGACAGUGACGACGAGGAGGUUGAGAAUAUCAUCAAUGGAUCGAAGGCUGUGAAAGGGAACAAGGCUGAGAGUCCUGAACCAAAAACAGACCUUGCCAAGCUCCCAGUUGACGUAUCCGUUUGCAUCACUCCAUCGCCAGAACCUCUGAGAGAUUUAUCGCUUAGUCCGGCAGUACCGCCGGAAGAGAUUCUGGAGAAUCGGACCGAGUUUCCGUUAAACUUAGAACCAUCGAACGCUACUCCUUCACCAGCAUCGCAAAUUUCCGACAUCUCGCUGACGUCUGCAUCGUCUGCACCCGACACCUCUUCAAUGGCUAUGGGAUCCCCACUGUUGAACUCCGUACCAUCUCCUUCAACACAUUUCACUCCAAUCACAUCUCCUAUCCCCUCACUAACGUCCCCAACUCCAAAUACACACUCGCUCUCACCUCAUCCAUCACUAAGACUGCACAUCCCAUCACGAUCCCCAACUGUAUCGCCUAUCCCACCGAACAUGACACCCGAGGAGGUAAUCUUCGAUAUCGGUCACCUCGAUGGACUGAUUUUUGAAACCCGAAGCCGAUCUCCAACGCCUUUGCUGCAGACUCCAUCGGCGCAAGUAACGCCAUUAUCUCCAGAAGAGCUAGCCUACGAUAUCGGAAACCUCGGUGGAUUGAUCCUGGGGCCACCGAGCCGGUCUGUAUCGCCUCUUCCUCCGUCGUCAUCACCAACACCAGGAUCGUCGUUAUCGUCUGCGUGGACCUCACUACAGGCACCGUCACUUUCAGAUGCAGACUUCAGUAGUUCCGAUAGUGCUAGCGACCCAAGACGCACAACCACACAUGGUGACACCAAUAAGAACAGCUUGUAACAACCGAUUUAGUUAGUUUAAAGCUUUCGAAUACUUUCCACACACACACACACACUCUCACACACUCAUACAGACUAGCUUAGAUUAGAUAUUUUGAUUUUCUUGAUUUUUCCACAAACACGAACCAAAUUGACGCGGUCUGUACAUCCCAAUACUGUUUAUAUUCGUUUUGUUAAUAAAAACCGAUUUCUGACCAUCCGUCAUAACCUUCUAUCUCUUUUAUUUCACCUUACUUUGCUUGCUUUCGUAUUUCAACCCCCGAAAAAAAAAACUCCGUCCGCUUUCUGUGCUGGCAGUGAUCCCAUGUACCUGGUUCGAACUAUUCCAUUUAGGUGACAGCUUAAUUAUCGCCACUAUACCCGAUGCUCGUUUGAAAAGCCGAAACCCCCAAAACGAUCAUCCGGCAACGCGAAAUAUUCAACGAACCAAUCAACGAAUAAGCACGACUUCCCUGCCAGCCGACAUUGUAGUCAUUAUAGUAGAGUCAAAUGUAUGCUCCAAUUAAAGAAAUUGAUGAUGGGCAUGAGACAGAUUUAUUCUACUAAACUUCCCGCCUCUCAGCAUACCUACUUGCGGUACGGUUGUUUGAAGCGAGCUGAAAAUUAUUAGAGGGUUAUUUUUGGGAUGCACUUUGAGUGUGCACAAUACUGGGAAUGUGCUGUAUAUGCAAAGUCAUUUGCUUAUUAUUGCGGUUCUUUGGAUGGCACUGUAAUGAGCUUACAAAGUAAGAAUAUGGCGUCAUGUGUUGGAAAGCAUAGUUUAUUUUGAAGUAUGAGAACACUACGAAUGUAUCUAGAAUUUCUUGCCUUCGAGGUAGGAUCCUGAAAAGCU